AUGCUUUCACUCCCUCAAGGAAUUAUAUGGAUACUUCGUGUACACUUCCUCAAUUGGGCAAAUAUACAGGAGCUUGGCACAGACAUGAAUCUUUAUGCAUUGGUCUUCGGGGAAUCUGUUCUGAAUGAUGCAAUGGCAAUUUCCUUGUACAGGACAAUGUCUUUGGUAAGGAGCCAUGUGUCAUCUGGUCAGAAUUUUGUCAUGGUCAUUGUCAGAUUCCUCGAGACCUUUGUUGGCUCAAUGUCUGCAGGUGUUGGAAACCUUUUUAAGUAUGCAGGUUUGGAUAUUGACAAUCUUCAGAAUUUGGAGUGCUGUCUUUUUGUUCUUUUCCCGUAUUUCUCUUACAUGCUAGCAGAAGGACUUGGCCUUUCUGGUAUUGUUUCAAUUCUGUUCACUGGAAUUGUUAUGAAGCAUUAUACGUUCUCAAAUUUGUCUGAAAAUUCUCAGCGAUUUGUAUCUGCAUUUUUCCAUCUAAUAUCAUCAUUGGCCGAGACAUUUGUAUUUAUAUACAUGGGUUUUGAUAUUGCCAUGGAGCAGCAUAGCUGGUCCCACGUUGGGUUCAUUUUUUUCUCAAUUGUAUCCUUAAGUCAUUUGUCUGGUCUACUACCGUUAUUUAUUGGAGUUGCAAGGGCGGCAAAUGUUUUCUCUUGCGCAUAUUUGGUGAAUUUGGCCCGACCUGUGCAUCGACAAAUACCUUUAAAAUAUCAGAAAGCUCUUUGGUACAGUGGACUUCGAGGGGCUAUGGCUUUUGCUCUUGCUCUGCAAUCAGUUCAUGAUCUUCCAGAAGGGCAUGGUCAGACAAUAUUCACCGCUACCACUGCAAUAGUUGUUCUCACGGUAGGCAGCCUGGCUUUCUUCUUGUAUUGUGUUUCGUUUAUGAGAUACUUGUAG